AUGAGGGAAUUAUCUCGGACGCACGAGUGGCCCGUACGGUUAAGCCUCAUCGUUAUUCUAUCGCGAUACGAUGUCCUCGGCACGAUCGACGUCAAUUUAAACGAACUGCAGUAUUUAGCCGCGCGUCUUAAUCCCUUCGAGUGCCGACGCUUGAUAGCUGCACUUCAUUACACAAGUUACGAGCUACCCAGCAAUUUAGCGGACGCUGAGCGCAACGUGGACGACGAUAUCCCUUGCAUUCGACAUCUUGCGCACUGGAACAGUUCACCAGCCGAAGGCAAAGGCAAAACGCACGAGGUUCUCGCUCACAGGCUUCGGCAGAUCAAUCGAAAUGAUCUGGCAGAUUGGUUGGGCAAGUCCGCGUUCAUGCAAAUAGGAAAAGAUCUCGGCAGGGCGGUGGUAAAGCCAUUCGAUGAACUCAGCAAAGAAGAAACAGAAUUGCCGUAAGUUUCGCGCGAUCGUAUCGGAACGAGUGACUCAAUAAUCUUGAUACAAUAUUACAGCGACUUAACACAAAAGCCUUCUGUAAUACACCUUGAUAAAAUUCGCUCUACAUCUCUAACCAAUUUUAAAAUUUAUCGUUUUUCCUUUUUCUUUUCUUUUUUUUUUUUUUUUUUUUUCUCAUCCUGCAACAUCCUCCUUCUCCACGCGAUACAUAAAUCAAACAAUCUCUCGCUGCAUCAGCCGGAUUCCGUGCGAGAUCUUCGUCGUUUGAAAAAAUAUACACGUUUUUGUUGCAUUAACAUCGUUGGAAAUACUAUUUGU